ACAUUGAUCUCAGGCCCUAUUAUUUUUGCACUGGGGAUUUUAAUUUAUUAAUAAAUUAUCAAUAAUCUUUAUUAAAAAGUUAAACUUAAUAAAGUAAAUUGUAGGCAUUUAAGUUAGAAAAAUCGUCGUAGCAAUAUAAUCAAAUAAAAUGCAUUUUAAGUGGAGAAGCUGUUUAAGAUUGUUGGCGGUUUUAUUCACUUUUGAUUGUGUACGAUGCCUAUAUGAGGAUCAAAUAAAAAAAUUCGAUUGGCGCUCUCUGCAUGUAGGUGGUGUUGAAAGGGCAGAUUUAGAUAUGAAUGGUUUUCAGCCACGUCUUUUAUUGAGCACACGUGAAAAUGUUUUAGCAUCAUUAUGUCCAGAAACCGGAGAAUUGAUGUGGCGACAAGUAUUUGAAAGUGGUAUUCGUGGAGAUAUCAAAUUAAUGCAAAUUUCAUCAACUUCAACUGCAAGUGAUAAUACAGCAGCUGCUAGAAUUAGUUCCAGUCAUGGUUUCGAUAUGUUAACUGUGCAAGGUCAUAAUCCAGCUUUAAUUAGAGGCUGGAAUAGCAAUAUGGGGCUAAGUGAGUGGGAAUGGUCUUUAAUGCCGCUACAAAGUGGAAGAGCUAUCGAUAGCUUUUGGUUUUAUAGCAAAUCAAUGCUCUAUCAUAUAUUACCGAUUUGGCAAAGUCAUCUUGAAGUUACACAAUAUUUUGCUUCGUCAGGCCAACCCUUAGGCAACACGGCAAAAAUAGCGGCAUCAUGGAUAGAUAAGGAGAAAUGUACGUUAAGUGGUAUUUAUUAUACAUGCUUGGAAAAACAACAGUUAAUUACAUUGGAUUUGACGGCGGAUCAACCAAAAAUCAUGUACGAAGAUUUAGAAAAUGUGCCAGCAUAUCCUUUAAAAAAUUUAGAGGGCGCAUCAGGAGUGCUUAUAGUGGAUAAAAAGCUUGUAGCUAUUAAAAAUGAUAUUCCAGUGUGCAAAUCUUUGCUAAGCCAAAGUUAUAUAGUGGGUAACUAUAAAAAGGAAAAAAUUAUAAUCACUGCCGAUGUGAAAGACAAGAUUCUCCAUAUACAAAGUUAUUAUUUAGAAUCAUGCGAACCUUUAGCACAAUUUUCCAGCACAUUAAGCUAUCCUGAACAUUUGGGCAUCCCAAAUUUAAAAGCAUUUGAUUGUAAAUCGAGCCGCAACUCGAAUGACGGAAAUUGUUUAUUCAUAUUCGAUACAACUGAUGAUUCCAUAGUAGCGGUGCGACAAUCUAAAAUUCUUUGGAUUCGAUCGGAAGCUUUAGCCAAUGUUGUCUCAGCUGAAUUUGUUGAUUUGCCCUUAACCGAUAAUGAGGGCGUUUUAGAGAAUGAAAUGAAGGGAAAAGCUGACGUUCCUUUCGGUUUGGAUUCUGAUAUAAUGAGUGCUUUCUUGCAUCGCAUAACCUCACAGAUAAUGCAUGUGAAAAGUCUACUUCUGCACGUAAUCGGCUUGGGUCCGAAACCGUCCGAUACUCAACGUGCCGGUCUAGUACGUGACGCCUUCGGUUUGCAUAAAAUGUUAGUAGUAUUAACAAGAAGCGGCAAAAUAUUCGGUAUCGAUAACAUAAGCGGUAAACAUCAUUGGCAAUAUUUUCUUAAUAAUGUCGAAAAUUUUGCAAAUGAUCAAGAGAUGCGCUUACUGGUACAAAGAACUAGCAAACAUUUCCCAUUGUCGGCUUUAUGUACAGUGGUAGCCAAAGAUAAGUUAACAGAAAAUGGUGUUUUGUUACGUUUUAAUCCCAUUACGGGGCAAACGUCCGAAGGUGGUUUGCUAAAAUUAACAUAUAAAAUAAAACAAUUAACUCUGUUAACUGAAACGGAUAAUGAUUUUGUUAAAGGUCUUUUAAUAAUCGACGCUGAAGAUCGGUUACAUGUUUAUCCAGAGUACGCCACAAAAAAAGCAAAUGGUAUCUAUAUGUUUACUGCUCAGAAAGACCAAGCCACCUUAAAUGGUUUCUUUGUACAAUACGAAAAUAAGGAGCUGACAAUUUUGCCUUUGUGGAAUGUUGACUUAAGUGGUCAUAAUGGCGAUCAUAAAAUCAUCUCAUUAGCGUCGAAAAAUCCUCUUGAGCGUGUUCAUUCGCAGGGUCGCGUUAUGCCUGAUCGUUCCGUGUUGUACAAAUACAUAAAUCCAAAUCUCGUCGCUGUUUUUACUCUCGCCAAAGAUGAUGUACAUAAAUUUCUUAUGUAUGUCUAUUUAAUUGAUGUUGUUUCUGGUUCGAUAGUAUUUACGAUGAUGCAUCGUAAAGUGAGGCCUCCUUUGCAUGCCGUGCACUCCGAAAAUUGGCUCGCUUAUGCUUAUUAUAAUGAUAAAGUACGACGUGUAGAAAUUACUACAAUCGAAUUGUACGAGGGCAAAACUCAAGCCAAUAGUACUGUGUGGAGUUCAUUAAAUGCUCCUCCGUUGCCAUUGGUAGAACGCCAAAGUUACAUUAUGCCUGCCAUGGUGGAAACCUUAAGAGAAACUAUAACUGAACGAGGCAUAACAAAUAAAGACGUAUUAAUUGGUACAUCUAAGGGUUCAAUAUUGGAAUUGCCGUGGUAUUUAUUAGACCCACGGCGUCCUAUAGCUUCUAAGACUAGUGGUCGGGAAGAAGGAGCUGUGCCUUAUGUUCCUGAAUUACCCAUACUCACCGAUAAUAUCAUCAAUUAUAAUCAAACCAUAUCAAGAUUACGUUACAUUCACACUGCACCCAGCGGUUUGGAAAGUACCUGUCUGGUGGUAGCUGCCGGUUUAGAUAUGUUUGUCACGCGCAUUGCACCCUCUAAAACUUUUGAUUUAUUAAAGGAGGACUUUGAUUAUUUCCUUAUAUCGAUAGUUUUGAUUGCGUUAGUGUCCAGCUCAUUUAUCGCCAAACAUUUCGCCUCCCGCAAGAUUUUGAAACAAGCCUGGAAAUAGUCUCGAAGCGGUUGCCUGCAAGCAUAUUUGCUCGAUUGUACAACUGAAACUUACUAAUUACGUGUGGGACGUUGUAGCAGCAUUAAAUUCAAUUUUAAACUUUAUAGGAAAAUUUUAAUAAAAAUACCGCCAUCACGAUAACAACAACAACAAACAGCAGCAACAACACAAAAAUUUACGAAACAUCCUCAGCAGGUUUAGUUAAAAGCAAAGAAGUAAAAAAUGAAAAAAAAAAACUAA